UUAGGUAGUAUCCUUCCAGAGUGGGACGGGCUACGUAGGUCAGGUGAUCUUUUCCCCCGCCUUCCAGUGGCCUGGAGCGCGGGUCUGGGAAGGAGUCGGGGGUGCUCGGUGUUCUGCGCACGCGCGAAGACAACUUCUGCCUUAGCUUCCAUGAGUUGUGCGGACAGCCGGGGCUGCGAGAUGGGGCUGAACCGGGUGAGGGCAGUGUUCCUGGACCUGGACAACACGCUGAUAGAUACGGCAGAGGCGAGUAGGAGAGCCAUGUUGGAGGUAAUACAACUAUUAAAGUCAAAAUACCAAUACAAAGAAGGAGAAGCUGAUAUCAUCUCUGAAAAAGUCCAAGUUAAAAUCAGCCGAGAGUGCUACAGACAGUCCAAAAUGAACAUUACUGAUCUAAGGAUUUCACAUUGGGAAGAAGCUAUUCAAGAAAUAAAAGGUGAAACAGCCAAUAGGGAAUUAGCUAAGGAGUGUUAUUUCCUGUGGAAAUCUACACGUCUACAGCACAUAACUUUAUCAGAAGAUGUAAAAAAUAUGUUGACUGAACUUCGAAAAGAGGUCCUCCUCCUCCUUUUGACUAAUGGUGAUACACAGACACAGAGGGAGAAAAUUGAGGCCUGUGCCUGUCAGCCAUAUUUUGAUGCAAUUGUUGUAGGUGGAGAGCAAAAGGAGGAAAAACCAGCACCAUCUAUAUUUUAUUACUGCUGUGAUCUCCUUGGGGUGCAGCCAGGAGACUGUGUGAUGGUUGGGGAUACUCUAGAAACAGAUAUCCAAGGAGGUCUUAAUGCUGGCUUGAAAGCAACAAUCUGGAUAAAUAAAAAUGGAAUUGUGCCCCAGAAACAGUCCCCAGUACCUCACUAUGUCAUUUCUUCUGUGCUAGAGUUACGUGCUAUCUUACAGAACAUAGAUUAUAUACCCAGUGUGUCACCUUAACAAGUACCAAAAGAGACAUUAAGAAUUUCUGGAUCAGAUCUUAAGUUUCUGCUGGAAAUGAAUUAAAGGUAUAUAAUUUCUUUUAGUCUUCUAGAUUCCAAAUCAAGGACAUUUAUAAUUCUAGUAAUUUAUUAAAAGUCACAUAUACCUUAAUUUAGACCAAAAAACUUGAAACUUCUUACAGGUUUGAGGAAAAUUUUGGUGGAUAUAUGAUUUGAAAUAUUUCUUUACUCAAUAUCAAGAGAAUCACUGGGGGAGUUUUCCCUAAAAAUUUUGCAUCAUGAACUCUUUCUGUGAAUUAAAAAUAAGUAUUGAUUCUGAAAUUUAGAUUUGUAGAAAAUAUUUGUCAGGAAAUACUGAUCUGAAUAGUAAGUGUAAGCUAACACUCUUCAAGGCGAUAUUUUAGUUAAGAUUAUAUUAGCAUUUUGCCUUACAUAAAUCAAAACAUUUAACUGAUAAUAAUACGUUUAUAUGAUUUGCUUGAGAAUGUUUUUUUAAGCACUAUGGUUUUUCCCUCAUUAAAAAUAUAAUCUCUGAUAUGAAUAUUUUAAAA